AUGGCCGUAUCCCUGCAAUUCUUUAAUGGCCUUGAAGGCACUAAGGUAACCAUCAAUUCAUCGCCAGAACCGCCAUUUUACUUCACUACCGAGACCUGGGAAAUUUUCGAGAAGCUUGGAGAGGACUUAUAUGCCUCGACAGAAUGGGAUGUCGCCGAUGGUUUAGGCCCUGGAAAGGUUAUUGGGAAGUUUUUGUGUCGUACCGAAGAGGACAUCGCGUUUAUGCGAAUUUGGAAGCAGGUCCCAACUAUCGGAACUGAGUUUCAGAAGCCUACAGUCCGUGCUUCUCAGGCAGCUGAGCCAUGA